AUCCAUUCAACUGAGAGACCAGUGUUUAGAUGUGAUGUCAUUGACUGCGGGAAGACAUUCAGGGGAUCGAAAGGUCUUUCGGCUCAUUCGCGGACACAUGUAAGCGGACCGACACUGAAGUGUCGUAUCGAUGAAUGCAAUGAUAUGUUUACGACUGAACACCAAAGACGCAAACAUCAAACCCGUGUUCACAAUCGGGCGCCGCUUUAUCACGGACUAAGCCGUUGCGAUUGGCCGGGAUGUGAGUGGACGGGCAAUGGUAUCGGUGAUCAUAAACGGCAACACACGGGUGAGAAGCCGUUCCCGUGUUUAUGGCCAGAGUGUGGCAAACGGUUCCGAUUGAAAAAGAUGUUAAGCGAUCACAUGAAUGUUCACAACAAUGUUAAGCCCUAUGCGUGUCAUUGGCCCGGAUGUACAUAUAGGUCCCCUAAUAGUGCUAAUAAGAGUCCAUCAAAUGACAGACAAUUGAGACGAAGUAAUGAAACACAAGAAGUAAUUCAAAGAAUGGAUGACAACAACGAAGACAUGAGUGAAGACUCGGAUGAAAGUUAUGGCAAAGAAUUGAAUGAAGAUAUGACUGAAUCGACAGAUAUUUUGGACACAAAUUUAGGAGAAAUACAAAUAUCAAUGAAAUCGGAUUCAAAGCAAUCGAUGUCUGAAUUGUUGCGACAAAAUAAGUCCGAAAGAGAGAAAUACUUUGAUUUCAAUACAAAUACACACGCCAUGACUCACACCAAACGACGGCUUAGAUAUUGUUGUGAAUACAAGGAUUGUCUCAAAUCAUAUUCCAAUCAGAAAGGCCUGAAGGUUCACUCCAAGACACACAUCACUCAAAGCACUUCCACACCAACUGUCAAGAAGUUUAAGUGUCAUUACAGCGAAUGCCAGAAGAUAUUGACUUCAAAGAAAAACCUAUUCUUACAUUUGCAAAGACAUUCAUCUGAGAGGCCCUAUAGGUGUGACUUCAUUGGGUGCGGGAAGUGCUUUAAGACAUCAUAUGAUCUCAAACAACAUUCAGGACUACACCAAAGGGGCCCCACUUAUAGAUGUGAUGUCGACUCAUGUGUUGAUAUGUUUUACACUCAAUACCACCGAAGCCUUCAUCACAAGUCUGUUCACAAUUACUGUCCAAAAGAGUCUGUAAUUUGUGUUGAAAACAAGAAACAAGAGAUGACUAAAGACUCGGAUAAUAAUUGUAUGGAAACGACAGAUACUUUGGAUUUAAAUAACGAUAAGUCUGUAAAACAGGAAUCAAUGAUUGCUAUCCUGAAGAAGAAUCGCACGGAAAGAGAGAAAUGUUUUGAUUUGAAUACAAAGACAUUUAAAUGUCCGCUAAAUGAUUGCACCAAAAAUCAUCAAAACAGCCAUUUAGACGAUAAGCCCUUUAAAUGUCAUUAUAAUGGCUGUGGAUAUCAAACGCAUACAAACGUACUUUUGAACCAACAUUUGGUGAUCCAUUCAGCGGACAGACCGUUGUUUAGAUGCGAUGUCAUUGACUGCGGGAAGACAUACAAGAGUCAGACGCAUCUCGAAUCUCAUUUCAGAGAAACACAUGAAAAUGAAUCGACACAUAAGUGUCGUAUCGAUGGCUGUAAAGAUAUGUUCAGAACUCAACACCAAAAACGCAAACAUCAAACCCGUGUUCAUAAUCGGGAGCCUCUCGUCUGCAAACAACACAAAUACCGGUGCGAUUGGCCGGGAUGUGAGUGGACGGGCGGCGCUAUCAAUGAUCACAAACGUCAACAUACGGGUGAAAAGCCAUUCCAGUGUUUAUGGCCCGACUGUGGCAAACGGUUCCGAUUGAAACCCAAUUUAAGAGAUCACAUGAAUAUUCACAACAAUGUUAAGCCCUAUGCGUGUCAUUGGCCCGGAUGUACAUACAGUGCCACUAAUAGUGGUAAUAUUAAUAAACAUGCAAAACAAGUCCAUAAGACA